CCAAUAUAUCUAUUAAUAACCAGAAUUUACGCACAAUCCAGUUGUAGUCAAGUCAGUAGUUUUUGAUUUAUUAUAAACCGCUGUAUAACGUUGGAGGGCUAUCGAUCGACGUUUAAACUAGAGGGAGAAAAUAUUAGGUGACACAGACGCCCUCUACUGUCUCGAUUUGAAGUCCCUUAGCCACGGUGACUGUCGGGCGACGGCUAGCGUUUCACUACAAACACAUUACCAAUCCGACCAGAGACCAGUGCUAAUUAUUGUUCAGUUUUAUCCACUAUAAUAAAAUCAUGACUUCAAAAAGUUUUUUUAUGAUGCUGUUGGUCUCGUUCGUCUGUUCUACGAUCGUUGCCGCUGCACCUAUUAUAAACUCCACUUCCCAUUCACCGUUUAAUUCUACGGACAAUUCAUCAACCAACGUCUUCAAUAACCACGAAUCAGAUUAUUUGCAGUGGUCAAACUCUACUAUCACCGUCAAGUACGAACCUACAACAUUGAACGAUUCGGCCACGUUUUUGGACAAACCUCAUGUUUUGAAUGCAACAACGAAUCAUUCGGCUGCGUUGCUGAACCAACCCUCUAUUUUUAACGUGACGAGUAACGGAUGGGAAACCACCACGAAUAUCGUCAUUGCUGCCAAGUCCAAUACGUACGGACCCGAGGUGAAUUCCACAUUAAUCACUGUCACACCAAACUUAGAGUCGAAACCCGUAGAAAUGGGCUCCACUAAAAAUAUCACGAAUUCUACAUAUAACAACUCAAUUAUUAAAGAUUGCUUGGCGACGUACGAGCUAAAAACAAAUUUAACGAACACGGAUUCAACACAUAAAACAGAUCUAAAUUGCACAAUAAACUGUUUCGUAGAUGUUGCACAACAUUUGAAUUCGACAAGCGAUAGUUCUAACAACUCUAUGCUUUUUACUACACACUCCGAGUUAAAACCUGAGGUGUCAAAUUCGACAGAAACAAUUACCUCUACUAGCUUUACAGUUGCUGAAAGGAAUGAUGGUUUACAAUUGGGUUCGGAAGAAAUUCCUACUUAUGACACCGCGUCCGUCAUCUCCAAGCGGUCUGUUGGAAGGGAAUGUCAAUAUGUGAUUCCUGGCAACAUUAAAACUAUACGUUGCAUACCUAGGUUUCCAUUUAUAGUAUAAUAAUAAUUAAUUCAUUUAUUACAUUUAAAUAUUUCAUUAUAUAAUAAUC